AUGGAAUUGUCAACCUUGAUAUUUUAUGGGUUUAGGAUCCUGUUCCUAGGCAUUCCAACAAUAUUAGCGAAAAUCAGCAAAUUGCUAGCACCUUGUACUCACUAUUUAUCCAAAACAGCUAUCAUCGGCCCUCUCUUUUCUUUUAUCAUACGAUCAUUCUUCUUCAUGGGAUUCAUUAUUCUGUUAAUGAGUGAUCAGCUUGUUCGUACAUUCUUCCGAAUCAUUAUUGGCAGGCAUCCUUCCAAGCGAAACUAUUCUAUCACAAGCGCCAUGGAUCCUCGAAUAGAAAUGUUUGAUUACAGCAUUCCGAAAACGAAGCAUUUAGAAAAUAAAGAAUUAUUCAAUAAGAGGAAACAACAGCAACAUAAUAUCUUUGGUGGUGACCCUGAAUCACGUGCAUUAACUGAGUUAUUGAAAAGACCCAAGUACUCUGUUUCCCUGGCCUAUACCCUUUCCGUAGCCAGUAAACUUGUUUAUGAAGACGUUGAAAUCAUUAAAUAUGAAUUGGCGAAAGCAGGAUUCGAUGUGGAAAAUACAUUCCGACCCAUUGCUUACAAAAAUAUUUGUGCUUUUAUAGCAGAAAAAGAUGAUGACAUCCUUCUUGUCUUUCGAGGCACCAACCCACUGAACAUUCAAAAUUAUCUGACUAAUAUCUCUAUGACAAAAACGGCUAUCAAAUCUGCAUGGUGGGGUCCUAUGGGCCGAGUUCACCAAGGAUAUUGGCGAGCAAUGGGAGAACCUACAACAAAGCACCAUAUUGAUAAAACUACUAAAGAAGGUAUAAAUAUCAUCAAUACAGAAGCCGAAACAGCCUCUUCAUUAGGGCCUGUGCUUCGCAUUGAGCUCACCAAUACAUCACUAUAUCAGACUAUUGUUUCAGCUCUCCAAGGAAGCAUUAAACUGUUUGAGUUUGUGACAAAAAGUUUAUUUCAUCAUGUCAAAGAACCUAUCGAUAGUAGUUGGGUAGGUCCACGUAUUGAUAUUCGAACGACUAGUAUGUACGCACUAGCGGAGGAGCAUAUUUUACAGUUGAUUCGGAAGGAUAAUAAGCCGUCAAUGCAAGAUUCUAAAAUGAAAAAGUUGGAAAAGCAGGACGGUGCAGAUGACAAUGGCGGAAAUAGUAGCACAGACGAGAGCGACGACGAUAUGUUAAAUGCACCAGGCUUUCAAUCGAAAAGGGGUCCUGACGGAAAAAAUCAACCCAAGAAAAAGCGGUUAUUUAUUGCUGGCCAUUCUCUUGGCGGUGCUUUGGGAACAAUUUUUUUGGCUAAAAUGCUUCAAUCAAAAAGCUCUUUGCUAGAUCAUUUUGCCGGUUUGUAUACUUUUGGUCAACCCAAGAUAGGGGAUGCUCAAUUCUCCAAGGUAUUCAGUCCCCGUAUGGCCAGCAAAAUCUUCCAUCACGUUUACAAUAACGACAUCAUUCCUCGCCUAACAGUUCCAGUCCUAUCCAAAUAUCAUUACAGUACACCUCCAGGCUCACUUGUUUUUAUUGAUACUGCAUUUAACAUUGCAAUUUAUCCGCCUAAUCCUUACACAAACGAACCUGUCCCCGUUCGACCUAUUUCCUUCUUACAUCUCUCUGGUCUGCUCAAUCGUCAUGUCAUCCGGCGGUUACGGAAAGAAAAUCAGAUUCGGAUUUGGUUCCGUAUUCUCUUUCCUUUUUUUUUGAAUGAUCAUUUCAUCAAUGACUACAGUACAGCUUUAAGACAAGGUAAAGUCCACUGGGUCAUUAUGGGCGCAGGAGAUCUUGAAGGCGGUAAAGAACAAGCAGAUUAUAGUUAUUAUGGUGAAGAGGAGGAAAACGAUGCUUUGAGAGAAAAAGAUAGGGAAUUAUUGAUGGCCCAACAGCAAAAGGGAAGAAGAAUGAGUAUUGUAGAUGUUCAAGAUUAA